AGUAUGCGGUCACGCUGUUUGCCGUAUAUCGUUUGGUUCGUGCCAGCUCUAGCUACACGCAUAAAUUUCUUGCGAAAAUUUAAGAAAAUAGCAAUUAAAAUUGGCGAAAACGACGCAAGUGUAGUUUUUCAACCUGCCAAAAAGUUACACCAAGUGAUAGCACUUAUUAAAACGCAUAUUUCACAGUUUAUUUGAGGCGCGUUCUAAAGUCGCAUCGCACUCACACACACACGCGUCGAGUGUUUGUGAGCGAGUGAGUGUGAGAGUGUGCGUGUGUUGUGUGUGUAUAGACGACAAUUUCGUUGCGUGGUGCCGGGUUACAGUUAAAUAUUACUGCAUUUGUGUGUUUGAUUAACAAGAGCGCGCGCAGCAAUUGUGGCAUGAAAUAAAAACAACAGCAAUUUUGCCGGCCCAGCUCAUCAUAAACCACGUAACGCCAAGAAGUGCAAUUACGUUCACAUCUCAAAAUGAUGUUCACGGGCACUAAUCAGCAGCAGGACACGCGCUUCAGCGACAAGGAAAAGAAGCUGAUGAAGCAAAUGAAAUUUGGCGACUGCCUUAAUAAGCGCGUGGACAUGUCCAAAGUGAAACUGGAUGUGCUGCGUCCAUGGAUUAGCAAAAAGAUAACCGAUAUUCUGCACAUUGAGGACGAUGUCGUUGUGGAGUUUGUCUACAAUCAGCUAGAAGAAGAGAAAUAUCCCUGCCCAAAGAAAAUGCAAAUUAACAUGACUGGCUUCCUCAAUGGACGCAAUGCCCGCCAAUUUAUGGGCGAACUCUGGGCACUGCUGCUGUCCGCACAGGACAGCGAUAGCGGAAUACCCGCCGAAUUUAUACAGCAAAAGAAGGAUGAGAUACUCAAGCGCGAGGAGGAGCAAAAGCAACGGCAGCAGCGUCAACGUGAUCUCUCACGUUCUCGCUCCCGUUCACGCUCCCAUUCGCGUUCCCGCGACAAACAGCGACAACGCCACGAUCGAUCCAAGUCUCGUUCGCGUUCCCGCUCUGCGCCCAAGCUGGCCAACAAUGGCAGUAACAACAGUGGCCCAGCGGCACCUAUUAACAGUGCAGCCAGAGAAGCUGCCGCUAAUGCUGCCGCACGUCUGCGAAAGCGUGGCGCAGGCUCUCCGAGUUCAGCAGCGUCCAGAGAGCGUCGAUCGAGCCGGCGGCGCUCACGGUCCCGUUCACGAUCUCCACGUUCCACGCAGCGUGGCGCGUCCUCGACUGAUGCGCCAAAGGCUUUGAAUGGCCGUCACUCGGUGCAGAAGUCAUCACCAGCUGCGGUUGCAUCUAAAUCCAAAUCAAAGGCCAAAUCGCGCUCACGUUCGCGGUCGCGUUCAACUCGCAGUCGCUCCAGAUCCCGCAAAGCAUCGCCUGCAGCAAGAUCCCGCAGUUCCUCACGCUCCUCGGUGCGCAGCAACAACAAUAAUCGACGUCGUCGCAGCUCACGGUCGCGUGCAAGCAGCAUCUCGUUGUCACCGGAACGCCAACAGGAUCAACACUUUGAGCAUCGCCGCAACAAGAAUAGUGUGCAGAAUAAGCGACAGUAUCGCAAUAAUCGUGACGGUUCCGCCAGCUCCAUGGAGCGUGGCGAUGGACGUGCGCGACAAUUUGGUGGCGCUGGACGCGGAGGUGAUGGCGGUGGAGGAGGAGGACGACGACCGCCACCGCAUGGCAGACGUGGCUUCUCGCCACGCGGACGCAGCCCGAUGCGACAAGAUAAUGGCGGUGGCGGAGGACGCUUUCAACGCUCCAAUUCGCGACGUCGCUCGCGUUCCCGCAUGCUUUCCAGAUCGCCCAUGCGCUACUCCAGAUCACCUAGGCGCUUUAACAAUAGACGACGUUCGCCGCCCAUGCAUUUCCGUGGUGGUGGCGGCGGCGGAGGACGUGGUGGUCGUGGAGGCGGCGGUGGCGGUGCCAACCAUCGCAAUAUGUGGCAACAGCAGCAGCAGCAUCGCGGCGUGAGUCCCAAUCAGCGGGGCGGUGGCGGUGGACGCAUUCACUGGCAGGCCAGACACAAUAGUCCCAAUGGCAGACGCUUCGAUCGUCGCCAAUCGCCACCGGGUGGCAAUCAACCUCGUUUCUCGCGCGAUCGUCGCCCAUCGCCGGGUCCCGGAGGUCAAGGUCAGGGACAGCAGUUCCGCAAGCAGUUUUCGCCCGUGCGUCGCUUCGAUAGACGCGGUUCGCCGCCGCAGAGCAACUUUAGUCGCUGGGAUCAGCAUCACGAGCAGCGUGGUACAAUGGGAGGUCCACGGAAUCAGCCACAGCAGCGAAUGGCACGCUCCAGCUCCGGCAGCGCCAGUCCAGUGCAGCGUCGCCAACAACAACAGCAGCAUCAGCGCAGCGUUAGUCCAAUGCCCCGGCGACGCAGUCGUAGUCGCAGUCGCUCCAGCGGACGACCCGCAAAGCGUAGUCGUAGUCGUAGUCGCAGUCGUAGCCGGAGUCCGCGUAGUCGCAGUCGCUCCACAUCGCGUCCAGCGCCGCCACAGCGCAGACGUUCCAGUCCGGCGGCCGCACGUCGUUCGGUGGAAUACGCUGGACCGGCUGUCAACACCAUUGAUCUCUGUCGCGAGGAGCCGCAGUCACAAACGGCACAGCAGCCUCAGCCGGCGGCGGCAGUGCGUAAAUUCGAGUCUCAAACGGCGCCCCAAGCAGCAGCUGCACAACAGGCACCACAGACGGCACAGCCAAAGUCGCAGUCGGUGCAUCGCAGUCUGGCCAGCUUGUCGCGCACUCCAUCGCCGUUCCUUAAGUCGCAUGAGCGCAGCGCUUUGGCUGCUUCCGCCCCAAAGAACAAGACGCGCGACAACAAUAACAGUCAAAGCAGCAGCUCCGAUAGCUCGGACAGCGAUGACAGCGACGACGAGGAGCAACAAAAGGUGCAGCAGCAGCAAAAGCGUCGAGAGAAUCGACGUUCGGCAAACGCCAGCAAAAGCUUAAAGUCCAAAUCUGCAUCCGAGAACAGAGCGGGCAAGCGAAAACCGUCGCGUAGCUCUGGCAGCAGCAGCAGCAGUGAGCACAGCGAUGACGACAGCAGCGGUGAUGAGCGGACCAAAAAGAAGUUGCAAUCCAAGCGUAAAGAGGAAUCCUCGACUGUUAGCAAGGCUGGUGAAAAGGACAAGGAUAAGCGACGCGGCGGUGACAAGAAACUGCAACGCAGCACGUCCAGCGCUGAGCAACCAGCGGAGGAGAAGCAGCGUCACAGUCUGGACCGCAGUCGCAAGCGUAGUCAUAAGAAAUCUCGUGGUGGUGGCGAAGCCAGUGAUUCGGAUGACGAGCGGGUGGCCAAAAAGAAACGCAAGAAGUCGAAAAAGGUAGCGGAAUCAAGCGAUAGCGAUUCUGCAUCAGAGGCUGAUUCGUCGUCCAAGAAAAAGAAACACAAGAAACAUAAGAAGCAUAGCAAGAAGAGCAAAAAGCAUAAGAAGCAUAAGCGAAAGAGCAGCGCAAGCAAUAAGCAUCGCCAAGACAGCAGCUCCCAGAAUAGUAGCGACGAUGAUGAUGAAGAGACGGCAACGGCGGCAGCAUCAGCGGGUAAAAGGAAUGGCAAGCUGCCGCUGAUGUUGACCGGGGGACCGGGCAUCAAUGAGGAUCUGGAGAAACAGUUGCGCGAGCGAGCACUGAAAUCCAUGAAAAAGUUGGACUGAGAACCGCUUACAAUAAACUGACUAAAGUAAAAGCAAAAACAAGAAUUAUAUAUACAUAAAGAGAAAACCUCUCAUAAACAUAAUUUGAUAUGCAUACAAAACACACACAUUGAGCGACAGAGCGGACAGACGAACGGACUGACAUGUGUAGCCAUUUAAUUACUAACAUAACAUUCAUAAUUGCAUAUAUUAAAUAAUUAAUAUUUCUAACAAUUGAUUUCUUACGUUUAAGUCUCAUUACGCGUCGAGAAAACUAUUAUAACAAAACCAACAUCAAAAUCUAUGCAUCAUGGUAUGCAAUUUGUAUUAUGUACAAAAACAAGAAAUUUUCCCAAAAAAAAAAUUUAACAAAAACAAUUACUACAAAUAAAAAGCACAUGUGCUUUAAACAAAAAAAAAAAAAAAAUAUGAAAAACAAUGCCCAUGAAAAAGAAGAAAAAUACAUUAAUGAAAACCAAAAUGUUUUUGGUAAAAAAAAAUAACGCUUGUUGCCACAGUUAAAUUGGCAACAAUGUUUGCUUAGAACACUACCGUUUAAUGUCUAAGUAGGUUUUACAGAUUGUAAUUAAAACAAUAUCUUGAACGAAAAUUGUGUGCGUUUGAGAGCAUUAAUUAUAUUAAUAUAUAAA